UUUUUCUGUAAUAACACUCUCUUUUCUUUUAGUUUCCUUUUAUCUUUUUUCCUUUUCAUAGUUUUUUCCUUCCUUUUUUUGUUAUUUUUCUCUUUCUUUGUUUGUUCCUUAGUUCUGGCGCACUGUCAUUAGGCCGUUAUUUGUCUUAUCCUUUUGGCCUGAAUAGGAAUGAGGGACGGAGAUGGAAAUACAGUCACUCAUCAAGGACCCUUUAGCGUUUAUUGUCCUGGAAUUAACACGCUCAUUCACAUACCACCACCACCAUCACCACUACCACUUGAUUCUACCAAUAUUAUAUGUGUGCGUGUGUGGGUGUGUUAGUGGCAGUGAUGACAAAUGGUGAUGUGUUGUUCUUACUGUAAUUAGUGGCAAUAGCACUAAUUGUGGUGUUGUUAGUGUUGGUGGUGAUGACGACUUGUGAUGUGUUGUUGCUUUUAUUAGUAAUGUUAGGGGUGGUAAUGAUGAUGAUUUGUGAACUGUCAUUUUUUGUUUGUAGUAGUAGUAGUAGUAGUAGUAGUAGUGUAGUAGUAGUUGUAGUAGUAAUAGUAGUUAUGGUUGUGUUGAUGAUGACUGACUAGUUGAGAUGUGUUUCUGCUGUUGUCAGUGGCAGUGAGGUUAGAGAUGAGUUCAGGCAGCGUAGUGCGGCGAUAGUACUGAAGGCGUUAGUGACGGUGGUGGUGGUGUUGGCAGUGUUAGCGUUGGCGUUGUUGAUGGUGGGUGUGUCACGGGAUAGGGGUGGCGAGCGGGUGUGAGUGCGCCUUACCACCGGGGCAAGAACAAGCGGGAGACUGGCAUCUGUUGUGGCACCGUGGCGUGGGGCUCCCUCCCCUCGCCUCUGGCACGGGAGAGAUGCUGGUGUGCCUGUAUCCAUGGCAACGCAGGACGCUUCCUGGACCUCCCUCACUGUACCACAACACGGCGCCGGUAUGGAGUGUUCCCGUUGCAGAAGCCGGCACGAGGCACACAGACACAAGAUUGACAGCAAGCCAGACACAUUGCGAGCACGCGGGCAUGGGCGGGAGGCGGCGCGGGUCAUCCAGGAGGGCGUGUCUCGCUGGACCUUCCCCUCCCGCACUUCGUCACGUCCCCAGCUACUCGGCCCGCCAGAGGGCACCGCGCAGUCAUGGUCUCCGGGGAACUCGUGGAACCUGCAGAUUCAGCACAGCAUCCCCGAUAUGGAAGGCGUGGUGGGCGAGGACCUGCGUCUGAGGAUCGAGCGUGUGUUGGCCUUCCCUAUGGGGCGCGGAGAGGCCGAAGAACAUGUGCCCGACACCACCUCCAUCAACGGCCACCCGGGGGACGCCAGCAGGUCCCCAGCGGGAGGCCUACUUCAGGAGUACCUAGAUCAGCUGGAACCCGAGGAGGAGGAGGGGAUGGAGGAGGAGGAGGACGAACUUCUCUUCCAGGGGUCGGAAAGUGACCGGGAAAGCGAGGCGGAUCUUAUCUACGACUCUGACAAGGAGCAAUACACAACACCUUACCUCCUCUUCCUGCAACACGCCCGCACCAGCAGGAGGGACGCCCGAAGGGAGCCUGAACCCUGCCCGGACGACCUGCAGCCCCAGCGACACCUGCCGUCAAGGGAAGAAAAGGAGGACGAGGAGGACGGGAGUUCAGGGGAGCGUGACGGAGCCGUUGGACGUUCAGGGCAUCGUUCCAGUAGGGCCACAUCCUCCAGGACACCCCCUACACUUGCCUCCGUCACCAGGGAACUCACGGACUCCAAGUCAAACAAUAGAGAUCACGAGACUUCCAUUUCCAGCGACAGGGGAAGCAAGACUGGUGACAGCGCACCAUUGAGGAAUUCUUCUCCUCUCUCCUUUGUUCCUCUUCCUGCCUCUAAGAACGAAGAAGCGGAAUCUGAAACCGAGGACCAGCCAGAGGAGGAGGGAGGUGACAAAGUGAAGCAAGAGGAAAAGGACGAGAAGAGGAAGAAGAGGAAAAGAAAAAAAAAAAAAAGAAAAAUGAAGAAAACGAAAAGCAAAGGCGAAACGACGGAGGAAGAAGAGGAAGAGAGAGAGAGGGAACAAGAAGACGAGCAAAGGAAAGGGAGUAAGUUUGAGUCUCCAGAGAUGAGGGUGGAAUCCUUGAGAAAAUCGACGGCUCUUGUUCUCUUCCGAAAUUUUGCCAAAACGGUUUACGCUCCUAGACACUCCCAGUUCAAGUUGUUCUCCAGCCUCGAGGAUUUGGAGGAAGUCUCCCCCUCCACUGGGCCCUUACCCCCUGCUGCUAAGGGAACGCCACGCCCCUAGAACACCCACGCAGUGAGAGGCUGCGGCUUCGUGCUGGUGGCGGCAGGAGGCGAAGACUCAGGGACUACAACAUUGGAGAGUAACACGACUGUGGAAGAAACCCAUGCUCCAGAUCAGCCCACGACCCCACCUGUCACCCACCAAGACACUACAGCCAGC